AUGUCGGGUGUCAAUUAUACGGCCCAAAAAGUGAAACAGCCCAAGGCAGCACUUGACUCUAAUUCCUUGUCAGAUAGGGCAGAAGAAGAAGCGGAAGCAUCCAGUGCCCGUGCGCAGGAAGUGGAUGCUAAAAUCAAAGAGAACACUGUAUCAAAAACUCCAAUUACCAUGGAAACUCUGGCUGAGGGUGAUGCUGUGGAAAAAUCCAGUUUAGAUGCGGGAAAUCUACUAAAUAAAGCGCUGGCAGCAUCAGAUGAAGCAGACCAAUUGUUGCAACAGGCGGAGGAAGCUUUGGAAAAGAGUGAAGCUACACUAGAAAAACAUUUAAUUGAUUUUCCAGACUCAACCCUAGCAGAAUAA